AGAGUUUCAUCCACUUACAUUUCCUGCCAUCGCACUACAGUAACGUUUCAUUGUCUCAUGGAGCGCGCAGUUACAACCAAAUUAAAGAAAAGCAGUUUAUUAUUAAAGCGCAUUCUUUGAAAAACUCGUGUAUUCACAUGCAGCUCCAGCAAGACAAGAGCUCGCCUGUGUUCGUCUCUGUCCUGGUGUUCAGUAAACAGGCCGUUGUGUUUUGGUUCGGCUCAUAUAACUUGAGGUUGAUCAGCGUGUUACAUGUAACAGCCGGUCCGCCGUGCGCCACUGCGCUCGUUGCGCAAUGACUGCAAGAAAAGUGAAUGUGUCCAUCUGUGGACGCGCUCAGCACACGCUCACAGCCUCCAUCCCUGUAUGGUUAGACAACGAAAAAAAGUUUUCAUGUCAGUCGGUUAAAAUUCAUUGUUGCCUGUCCAGCCAAUCAUAGUUUUUGACGACACAAAAGAGGCUAAAGUUGGAGUAUAAAAAGGUGCGCGCUAAUAAAGUAUGAUGCCUGUCAGUGUGGGACUUUAAUCCAAACCCAGUCCAGCCGCGCGUCACGUCCAGCACAACCCAGCGGAUCUUUUUCCUCCCAAAACCAAACUUUCACACCGUAGAGACAAUGCAUCCGUCUCAGAUUGUGCUCUAUCUUAGCUUGCUGAUUGUUUUGGGUCCAGUAGUUUUGAGCGAACAAGAGACGCAGCAGCAGCAGCAGCAGCAGCAGCAGCAGCCCUCCGCCACCAGCCCAGAAGACACGGAGCUGUGCGCAACCUGCGAGGUCCGGCAGCAGAUCAAAACCAUGCGAUUAAACGCCAUAAAGUCUCAGAUUCUGAGCAAACUGCGAAUGAAAGAGGCUCCAAAUAUCAGCCGGGACAUCGUGAAGCAGCUCCUGCCCAAAGCGCCGCCGCUGCAGCAGCUCCUCGACCAGUACGACGUGCUGGGAGACGACAACAGGGAUGUGGUUAUGGAGGAGGACGAUGAGCACGCCAUCACGGAGACGAUUAUGAUGAUGGCCACUGAACCUGAGCCCGUCGUCCAGGUGGAUGGGGAGCCGAGGUGCUGCUUCUUCUCCUUCACUCAAAAGAUUCAAGCCAAUCGAAUAGUGCGGGCGCAGCUCUGGGUGCAUCUGCGCGCGUCGGACGAGGCGACCACGGUGUUCCUGCAGAUCUCCCGCCUGAUGCCGGUCACGGACGGGAACGGGCACAUACACAUCCGCUCCCUGAAGAUCGACGUGAGCGCCGGGGUCGGCUCUUGGCAGAGUAUAGACGUCAAACAAGUGUUGAGCGUGUGGCUGCGGCAGCCGGAGACCAACUGGGGCAUCCAGAUUAACGCCUUCGAUUCGAGGGGGAACGACUUGGCCGUGACCUCCGCGGAGCCUGGAGAGGACGGACUGCAACCGUUCAUGGAGGUGAAGAUCUCGGAGGGGCCCAGGCGUGUCCGGAGAGACUCGGGCCUGGACUGUGACGAGAACUCUCCAGAGUCCCGGUGCUGCCGCUACCCGCUCACGGUGGACUUCGAGGACUUUGGCUGGGACUGGAUUAUUGCCCCAAAGCGCUACAAGGCCAACUAUUGCUCCGGGGAGUGUGAGUACAUGCACUUGCAGAAGUACCCGCACACCCACCUGGUGAACAAAGCCAACCCCAGAGGGUCCGCGGGCCCCUGCUGUACCCCCACCAAGAUGUCGCCCAUCAACAUGCUCUACUUUAACCGAAAGGAGCAGAUCAUCUACGGCAAGAUCCCCUCCAUGGUGGUAGACCGUUGUGGAUGCUCUUGAGUCGGGAGGGAGAUCUCGGCGAGGUCGGACGGCUCGGUCCGGGCCUCCAGUUUUCAGACUUUUUGACACAACCGAUCCACCAGUUCCAGAGCUUCUUCCUGCAGCAACACAGUGCAAUAGAAACCAGAGUAGAAGCCACAAUCAAGCCCGACCUUCCCGCAGGGCAGCGCUGCUUUCACAUCCGGCACAGCUCUCACCUUUUUACUUUCCUCCUGUGAAAUCUUAGCUUGAAGUCAGAUGGAAGCAGGAACACACACACACACACACACACACACACACACACACACACACACACACACACACACACACAUGCCGGACCUUGGGAGUGAAUGUAGAUAGAAAUUAUUAUCCAGAAAACUUUUCUCGUCCUUCGUCGUCUCGGUGUUCUGGGCUCUGUCCAUUUAUACCAAACACGCCGACAGAUUAUACUCGUACGCCAUCUCCGAUCGUAGCCAACAUGCAAGCUAUUACACUUUUUUCUGCUAAGCUAUGUGUUUGUGAUAAUCAUUUGUUCAAGUUAUGUUUUUAAGAGUGAAACCAGGAAUCCUCAUGGACUUUUUGAAAGGGCUUGGGAAAAACACAGCUGGGGGACUCUUGAGCGUGGUACUUCACACUGGUGGAACAUGUUUUUAGGACAACGUAGGAGUCGAUGAAACGAUAAAAAAAACAUAAUUCAUAACCAGAAAUCGCUACGUCAACCAAUUUGGAAACUCUUAACAUCUCAUUUAGUUCUUCGAUCAACGAUACCGAGAGCUUCAGGGUUCAGGUCUUCGACGUGCCGGUCGAUCAUGUUCCACCAGGGUGAAGUGGCACCACUUUAGGUCCUGACAGGUCUUCAUAUACUCUCGCCAUACAUCCACGCAACAACAUACCCGACGGAGGAGCGUCCUCGCUCAGUCACAACCAUCACUAUCCAACAAAACAAAAACAAAACAAAAAAAACAGCCUGACCUGCCCGAUACACUUGAAUUAUUCUGAUUGUAAAUUCACAUUACUGGACAGAAGGACUUGAACUGAAGGCACAAUGAAUGCAGCCUACAAAUGAAAAAAAAAAAAAAAAAUGUGUUUAAGACAGAGGAAACGGAUUGUCGAGAUGUGUGAAUGUUGAGAUCAUGCUUAAGACUCUGUCUUACAAACAACACAGUUUGCACUAUGGCACACCAAUAGAAAGAAUUGGUUGCUACAAAAAGUUGUAAAAACUGAUUUUGAUAUGUUUGCUAAUUUGUAUUGUAUACAUAUGCCAUUGUUUCCAUUAGGAGUUGCCUUUCUAAACCACUGUUGGUAAAUGUAUUAAAAAAAAACACAAUCUAGCAAGAUAAAAAGAUGUAAUACAGCAACUCUAUAUACUUGUUUUAACAAAUAAAGUUUCUAGCUUGUUUGUUGAGUUCUGUUUCUUUGAGUAGUUUGUUCCUGCGUUACAUUCGGACUGUGCAUUUUCUGUAAAUCUGAGGUUUGAGGCAUUGAAAGCAAACUUGGUUCCAUAAAAUAAAACUAGACUACUGGGUUCUGAAUCCCUCUUUCUGAUUUUUGAGCCUCAUUUAUCAAAUACUGACGCUUCGGGGUGGCGACUGACCCGACCUACGAUCCCAGAGCGUCCAAAGUUGGGAAAGAAACUCAAAAAUCAACCCUCACAUGGAAAUUUUUGGCAAGAUGCCCUUCAUUAGCUUGUAUUCUGACAAUUUCACAAUCAGUCUCCACAGGUGAGGGUAAUUACAGACAACCACAAUCGGUAAAACUGGUCCCACAACGACUGCUGUCCUUCCUUUCUUAAGCAUUUUCAGGUUGCAAGUCCGACAAGACUACAACUAAAUUCCAGGAAUAUCUGAGGACGCAAUAUCUUCUUGCAUUGAACAAUAUGAAAUCAGACAUCUGCAACACCUUUCAAAGAGGCCACUGCAACUAUAAAACACCUUGUGGUUUCAGAGUAAUGCUGAAAGAAACAUUAAAAUAUCUACACAAAGAUUCUGAGUCGACACACUUCUCUUCCUACAAAAGUCUGAUAUUAAAUAUCUACUAGUCUUUCUGCCACGAGCCAAGAAGGGAAAAGUUGUAUCUCGUCAUGUUAAAGUCUUGUUAUAUUAGUCUUAAAAUAAAAAAAUA